CGCAUGUUGAACCACAGCCACCAAUUCGCUACCAGCUGCCUCCCCUCCGGCCGCGAUCCUAUACAGGGAUUCGCGCUCUGCUGCUUGUUUUCCAUGCGCCUAACAAUGUCGCCUUGAGCCCUCUAAGCACCUGAACGGCCGGCUUCGACCUUCCUCCAAAUUCCGACGUCUCUUCCUCCUUCGACCGGUCCUUGACGAAAACCUGCGACUGAAUUCCCUGGGCCAGUCGGACUCCCUGCCGGCUCAUCUCAGACACAUUGCGACAUCCACUUCCGGGCACAAACGGGCUCUACAGCAAACAUGGAUAAAAUGCUCAGAUUCGGGCCGAGCACGCAGCUCUUGUCGAGGUGCAGCAAUGGGUGGUUGACCAUGGGCGUUGCGCCGGUCCGGACUGGGAGUCCAUUAUACCAGAGCAUUAGGCAGGUAUCCACGACCCGGCCAACGAAAGCCCAGGCAACCAAAGAGCAGGUCAAGGUGGCCAAGGACACAGUCAAGGAAGCAGUCGUGAAGAAGGCAAAACCAACAGUUGCGGCUGCCGCGAAGCCAAGGCAGGUGGCUCCAAAGGCGACCGCUCCCAGCUCGUCAGAGAAAUUAUCGACAACUGCAAAGGCUGUGAAGCCUGCCCCAAAAACUCAGGUGCCCAAAUCUACCUCUGCCGCGACGUCGGGCAAGGAGACCAAGGCCGCCGCGCCUGCGCCUGUGAAGAAGACCCCGGCCGCCAAGGCCAGCCCGGCGGCGGCGGCGACAACGACUACGCGGGCACCGAAAGCAGCCGCCGCGACGGCGGUGGCUAAGGCCCCGGGGCAAGCGACAUCUUCGCACACACCCACGCCGACGUCCACACCUAGGCCCACGGCCAGCAACACCAAACCCGGGGCGACAACAAGCCCGGCAGUGGCCACAGGGCCAGCGAAGAGUGCACCGACACAGGCAAGCAAGAGCAGCCCUGUAUCGGCGCCUCUGCCUUACUCUGCUGCCCGUGUGCCAAAACCCACAGAGCCGGAGCCGAAACGGCCAGUAGACCCGUCCAGCCCGGAGUACAAGCGGGCCGCACGGAAGUGGGUGCAGACGAUGAUUGCGCUCCCGAUCCUGCUGGUCACGUCAUAUUUCCUGUAUGACAGACUGGCCUUAGGUAAUCAUCCAAGCUUGGAACCGUACCGUGCAAGGCCUCAACCGGCUGCUGUAGCAUCGGAGGGCGCAGAGGCUCACAAGGUCUAAGGCGCAUGAGGGAUGAAACCCAAGAAAUACCCUACUCGUUUCUCAAGUUCCAAGUCGCAAAACACGGUCCACGUCUUAAAUUUGACACGAAGCCAUAAUUGACCUCUCGCGGAUUUUGUGUAUCGAAGCACUGUGACCCAUAUCGUGCCGCCCCCCGCGUCCCUUCCACCCGUUUCCGGCGCCGACACCUGAACCUGAUCGGGUGGAAGCGCUCGCCUGUCAGGAAGGCCAUGCAGCAGUCUCAAGACCGUGAUCCCAGAGUUUCUCGCUAUCAGGCUGAACCAAUUGAAAAGGUCAGGCCGGGCAUCCUCGGUUAAUGGCUUGCAAACAGGAAAAGCACAGUUUGUUGGUGAUUCCAGGAUGCAGGCAGAAGAUGAUCCUUCAUCCUCUAGGCAAGCCGGGCCAUGACUGUUUGUUGUAGUGGCGUAAUGACUCCGUGGACAUAUGCAAACACCGCUGUUCCUGUUUCCAAGAAUACGUACGUCUGGUUGGAUGUGUCAGGUCGUGUUCCACCCAAAAUCCGUUCCAUCUACAGUUUGAACUCUAUCUCCGUCUCUCGAUACGGACGACAAGUUGUGAGUGCAA